AUGGCGGAUGUGGAUGUGAAAAGUGAGCCUAAUGACUCAAGUGAUAGUAGCCCAGGGUCACCCCCUGUCCUUAGCCCGGGUACUGCAUCUGGUGGCAGAAGGGGCGGUGGAAAGGCAUCCAAGAAGUACCUGCAUGACAAGAAUAGCGACGAGUACCGCAAGCGACGUGAGCGCAACAACUUGGCGGUGAAGAAGAGCCGCGAUAAGAGUCGCCAGAAAACCCAGGAGACUCUCCGUCGCGUGCAGGAGCUGAAGGAGGAAAAUGAGCGUCUGGAGCUCAAGAUCAAAAUCUUGUCCAAGGAACUUAGCGUACUGAAGGAUCUUUUCCUGUCGCAUGCUGGCAGCUUGCCGGGGGAGGACGCCCCAUGCCUUCUGGGGGGAGUUACCGCAGCACCCCUCCCCCUGCCCACUCCUGCUGAGGGAAUGGAAACAGAAAGCUCAUCCACUGCGACUACUGCCUCCAACAUUUCUCGAUCAAAUGGGACUAUCAAUGCCACAGUACGAGAAGUAGCAGGGAUACUUCAGGGUCUAGCUGUGCCAGUUAGGGCAAAUAACCAGGCCGUUCUGAAUGACCAUGAGUAUGCAACCACUGUGAAGUCAUAG